CGAGACUUCGUGUCACCACGGCAGAGAAAAUGGAAGGCUGCGCUAGCUAACUAGCUAGCUGAGAUAAUCUCUCCGCAACUGGGAAACUGUCGUUCACACACCGAAGUCUUGGACAUCAGCAUGGACUCCAUGAAAAAUAACUGCUUCACAGAUGAUAGUAAUACAGAGGAACAGCUGAGCCAGACAGAAGAAGAAGAGUCGAGUGUUCGGCCAACCCUCUCGCAGGUCACAAAGUCCUGGGGCUUCAGACGGACAACCAUUGCCAGAAGAGAGUUCAUGGAAGAAGUUGGAGACCUCACACACAGCCCUCCACCUGUACGCAGGGGCAGGGCUCGUCGAACCUAUCAGACACCCCCGGCUGCUACAGAGGCCUGCACCCCUCGGAAAGCUGCAUCUACAUCUAGGAGUGUUAUAGAUGAGCUCGAAUGGUCUUCUCCUUCUUCACCUGCUUCAGAAGAGAGCAAGCCUCCCUCAGAAGCCUCUGCAGGAGGGAGUCUCGACCCCAGCUUGUGGCAGGACUUUGGGUCUGCUUUCCACACUGCUUUCUCGCUGCUAGGCGGGAAUGACGGCUUGUCAAUGGACAUGUCAGAUGCACUUGCAGCCCCUGACAUUUUGGAAGCUUCUGAUGCCAUUAAGGCUCUUUCUCCACAGGGUAUAGAAACUGAAGUGCCUGAUAAUAUGGAAUCUGCUGAUGAAAUGGAAAUUUCGCAGCCGGUUGCUUCCGACUGUGUGUCAGAAGGAACAAGUGAUGUGGUGUUGAUCUCUAGUCAAGAGGACAGUGAUGACAUGACUCUGAUACAGAUUAAAGAGCAGCUGGCAUCCAAAGGCAGUCAGGGAGACACAAGAGGUAGAGGGGGGAAAGGUGGAAGAGGAAAGGCCAGAGGAAGGGGUAGAGGCAGAGGAAGAGGUAGGGGAAAAGGGAGAGGAAGAGGCAGAGGGAGGGGCAGGGCAGUGGAGCUUCACUCAAUCAUUGCAGAUGAAGUGGAAAAUGACGAAGAUGUGAUGUUUGUAAGUGCAGCUGAGCCGCAGCAGCAGUUGCAAGAGGAGGAACACGAUCCACAUAUCCCUACUGAAAUGGCGAUAUCACCUGCUCACUCUGCUAUGACUCUGAGUCCUGCGCAUCGAUCAAACUCAGACUGCAUAAUCAUAGACACUGACUUAGACCAGGUUACUGAUGUAACUCCUGGCCAGUAUGAUGAUGCACCAGAGGAGGGGAAAGAUGAUACAAACAUAGCAGAGUAUUCAAGCAUAUCGGACAGUGAAGGUUAUGACUCGAAUGCUCUGUACUGCAUCUGCCGUCAAAAACACAACAAAAGGUUCAUGAUCUGCUGUGACAGUUGCCAGGAAUGGUUCCAUGGCGACUGCGUUGGUGUCAGUGAGACACAAGGUAGUAAGAUGGAGAAGAAAGGGCAAGAGUAUAUCUGCCCCCCCUGCACAACCAAAAGGCAACUUCAGUCUGAGCCUUAUCCUCAGCCAGAGCCCGAGCUUAGCUUUCCUGAGUGUUUGACACUGAGUCCUUCUGGAGAAGAAGGGGAGGAGCAGCAAAUCCUCAAGGACGCUGUCGUGUUUGAGGAUGAGCAGGUGGAGGAGGAGGCCCCUAUGAUCCGGCUAGAGCCUGAACCUGAGCCUGAACCUGAAGCUGAGCCUGAACCUGAGCCUGAGCCUGAGCCUGACCUGAACAGCUCUCUUCCCCUGUGCAUAGGACCCGGGUGCUUCAAACAAGCCCUACAGGACUCUGUUUACUGUGGCACUGACUGCAUCCUUCAGCAUGCUGCCUUCACUAUGAAGACACUAUCAGGCCCUAAGGUGCCCAAGUCCAGAGGACGGCCACAAAGAAAAGUUGCCACUGCCAGACCAGCUGCAACGGGUCAGAGGUCUGUUAGGACGUCUAAGAGGUUAGCAGGAAAAGCUGAGGAAAAAGUUGAAGAGGAGGAGAUGAUGAAGGAGGAGGAUGAAGGAAAUGGGGAGGCUGCAUAUCCCAUAUCCUGUGACCCCAUUCUCACAGAAGUUCAGGCCACUUCAAUACCAUCACCUAAGUUGUACACAGCGUCUAAUAAGGACAAUGAGCAAGUAGAGGCUGACAGUGAGGCUGCAACUCCCUCAAAACAAUCUCCAGAGGACUCCUCUACAGAUACGAUUCCCUCUUCCCAUCAUGUCACUGAGCCAGGCCCACCAAACAGAGACUCUCAAGAAGAAGCAAAAGAGCCAGCGGACAGUGGUGUGUCGAAGCCACAACCAGCUGAAUCCAAUCCCUCAAUAGCAGCCACCCCAGCUAUGUCUAGUCCGUCUCCUGCUGCACAAUCCCCUACCACCUCAGUGCUCAGACACCAUGAAACAGGUGCCGUUAUGGUCACUAAGACCUCGUACGUCAUACCAAAGAAGCAGUCUGGACCUCAGCCUCCGUCAGUAUUGGCCUCAGCAUCUUGCCAGAAGUCCUCUUCAGCCCCCACGCUGCUGAAUGAAACCCGAAACCUGCUUGUGCCUCCUGCGCCCAGCGCUCCCUCCUCCAGACCCUCUCAGCCCAACACCCAGGUCAGACAGAGCAUCCAGCGCUCCCUCACCGGCAUCCUGUUCAAAAGGGUGUGUGACUGUGAGGAUUUGGACAUGUCUGAGAGUGACGCUGCAAAGCUUGUCGCAAGCAUUGAGAUGGAGAUGUUCGACAUAUUUCGCAACACAGACAGCAAAUACAUGAACAAGUACAGAACCAUAAUGUUCAACCUAAAAGACCCAAGAAACAAGGGCUUGUUGUAUCGGGUUGUACAAGGAGAUAUCAGUCCCUUCAGACUGGCAAGGAUGAGCCAGAAGGAUAUGCAGGCCACCAAGGCACCUGAACCAAGUGCAAAAGAAACAGCAGAGGUUAAGGAUUCUCCUGCUAAAGCAACAAGUUUACAGCAGAAGCCUGAAGCAGUGAAGGUUGAUUUGCCCAGUUUGAAUCCUGUUAGACCUGAUAGAAGAUCCAACAAAAGACCGGAGAGCAUGGUUGCUUCCCAGGAACAGAAGAGAAGUCUUCCUGCUCUCAAGAUCAGACCAAACCAUCCAACCCAGAGCAGCGCUACAUCCGAUAUUCUCACCUGUAUGCUUAAGGACACAACAUCAGAGCACAAAGCUCACCUCUUUGACCUGAAAUGCAAGAUAUGCACAGGCCAGAUACUACCCGGGGAAGAGGAUGAACCCGCAAAGAAAAAACCCAAGAUCUCUGAAACAAAAGAUAGGAACGAACCCUCUUGGAGAAGGUAUACCGGAGGCGACUCUCCUCUGCGGGCGCCACCUGACUCACCAGACAUGGACUCCCCAACAUCCUGCCUUGUCAUUGACUCUCCAGUACUGACCAUUGUAGAAUCCCCUGCUUCUCCCAUGAGGGAUUCUCCAGCCUCCCCUACUUUAGAGUCUCCUGCUUCCCCUGUCUCAGAGUCCCCUGCAUCCCCAACUCCAGACAUUCCUAAAGCUACUACAACAAAGAAAACAUACACACCAGUUGUGAUUCCAGCUGUCUCCACUGUGACCAUCUCAAGACGUGAUCCCCGCACGGCAGCAAGCAGGUUCUCUGCUUCGUCUAGUAGCUCCUUUGGUCCCAGCAACACAACCCUUAACCAAUCAUCCCCUUAUAUGUCCAUUAAAGAGAAAAGCUCUGCCUUGACCUCUGCAUCAGGAUCCUCACUAGUAUCAGGAUCCUCACUACCACCAACAAAACCUUUACCUAAAUCUAUCUUAAUGAAGCCGUUGUCAGAUCCUCGACUCUAUGCCCCAUCAUCAAGGACUGUGAUCUCUGAAUCACCGGGUGCUGGAGAGACUGCUCAGUUCCUUUCAAAGCAAGAGAUACUGUGGAAAGGCUUCCUAAACAUGCUCAAUGUAGCCAAGUUCGUUACGAAGGGAUAUCUGGUUUCAGGAUCUGCCGAAAACCUUAAAGCGGAUCUACCGGAUACCAUACAAAUCGGGGGACGAAUCAUGCCUGAAACAGUUUGGGACUAUGUUGCAAAGCUAAAGACCUCUGUUAACAAGGAGUUGUGUGUGAUCCGGUUUCAGCCCGCAACAGAAGAGGAGGAGGUUGCCUACGUCUCCCUGUUUUCGUAUUUCAGCAGUAGAGGUCGUUUUGGGGUUGUUGCCAAUAGCAGCCGCUCUCUCAAGGAUGUAUACCUUGUCCCACUCGGUGCAAAAGAAUCAAUCCCAUCGAUGCUGCAACCUCUUGAAGGGCCAGGGCUUGAAAAAAACCGACCCAAUCUUCUUCUGGGUCUUGCAAUUAUCCAGAAGACAAAACGUCCAGGUUGCUUGCCUCAGGAAAUUGAAGAAAAGAGACCCAAAGUUCAUAUGGCCAAAGACCCAAUGUGGAUGCCAAAACCACCAGUCCUCUAUGGUUCUAACAAAUUGGAGAUAUUCCAACCCUAUGAUCCAGAGACUCCUGCUACUUCUUUCCAUCCUCGUUCACCAUCUUGCCCUGGCUCACCAUCAGAUUCUUCGUCUUCUGGCUCAGUUACCGUACCACCUCCUUUCACUUCUAUGAGAGUGACUCCUCCUGUUUCUUCCCCUUUUGCUGUUUCUGCAUCUACCUCCAAUAGCAUCUCGGACAAGAGUUCCAAAACAGAAUCUAAUGACAAAACACCACUACAGACUAUCUUGAAAUCGAUGUACCGCAACAAGCAAACUGACUCUAAGGCCUCUGUUGUAGGAAGUUCUGCAACAAGUGUUAAAAACAUCCCUGUGUUUUCUCACGUGUCUGCAUCCAUGGUGGAUCCAAUCGUCCAACAAUAUGGGCAGAAAUCCAAAGUGAAAAAGAUAGAAGAAGAGGAAAAUUACUAUGACCGACCAUAUGACCCGGAGGAGGAGUAUGAUCCAGCCAUGGGAUAUGGAGUGGCUGCUCCACAGAACAUAGAAACGAUUAAGAAAGAUGGCCCUGCAGUAUCAGGCUUCGUGGAGGACGAUAUAGCCUAUGAUCCAGAGGAUGAGACUAUCUUCGAAGAUAUUCAAAGUGAUAAUCAUGUUACAAAGGCCCCUGUUACAACAUCAGAUUCUACAUCAUGCCCAGCACCACCUUCUACCCAGGUUGGAACACCAUCUGCAACUACCACUCCUGUGCAAACUACCCCAGCUGCAGUCAUGCCAACUCUUCCUACAGGCAUUGUAGUUGUCUCAGCUGCAACAUUGUCUGAACAGCAGCGCAUGCUGGAGGAGCUUAAUAAACAGAUUGAAGAACAGAAACGACAGUUGAAAGAGCAGGAAGAGGCACUACGUCAACAGAGAGAGGCUGUGGGUAUGUUCAUGGCUAAAUUUUCAGUUUCUGAUUCCAUGAUGUCUCCUCCACAAAGAUCUUUGCCUCUUAGUCAACUGUCAUCACUGCAGAGUGGCAUAAUGCAAACAGAAUCCAGGCCUUCGGAAUCAACAGACAAGACCAGCAACCCCACAGAGGCUGUGGACAAAUCAAAUGUGGAUUCACAAUCUGUUGAGUUAGAAACAGCCACUGCCCUCCCUGCUUCUAAAAAUGACACAGAUAACAUUGUAGAGCAAGAUAAAACGCAAAACAAUGUUGAGGAUAGUGACAAGUAUUCUUCUGCUGGAGAGAUUGAAGAUUCUGAUGUAGCCUAUGACCCUGAGGAUGAAUCACUCUUUAAUUUAAUUCAAGAGGAUGUAUUUCAAGGAAGCAGUAUGCAUUCACCAGGGCAUAGUUCUAGCCGCAAGGGUGCUCUGCCAAAUUCAUACAACAGCAAAAAGCGAAGGUCGUCACCAAAGAGGCGGAGUCAUCGUGAAAGGGACUCCCAUAGAAGUCCUUCAAGUAGGUCACAGAGGCGUUCUCCUUCACAUUCCCGUAGACGUAAAGAAAAGGAUAGACACAAAAGAAGUGAAAGAGACAGGUCAAGGCAUAGAGCUAGAAACCAGUCUGAACAUCAGGGUCGCCAUCGUAAAGAGCAUAGUACACGCCGUCAUUCUCAUGGUCAUACAAGAUCUCCAUCGUCUCCUAUAAAAACAGAUUUUGCGUCCCUUUCACCGAAGCAGAACAGAGGACCUUCCCCUCAAGUCCCUGAGAAAUCAAAUUCUGAAAAAGUCCCAAGUGAUCUGCUGGAGUCGGUUGAUGGACAAUCUGUCGAGAGUAACACACCAUCAUUUGCCCCUGUUACCAUUAAAAAUGAGCAUGUUUCUGAGUGCCCAGAUAAAGACAUUUUGCCUCAUUCACAUGAACUUGUUCAUAAUGUGAAGCUUGAGAUAUCAGAACCAUCAAAACCCCAUGACCUCCAAAAUAAUUCAGUCAGUGGUUCUUCUACCCCGGUGGAAAAAAAACCUCAACAGCAAACUGUGUUUCACAAUAAAUAUGAAAAUACAGUUCCUUUAAGAGAAAUUGACCCACCCCUUCGAGAUUCUCCUCAAAGCCCUGAUCCAGAACCACAAUUCUUGAAACAUAGCAGCAUAGAAAAGAGUGACUCCUUUGAGACUGAGGAAAUCAGAGAUCCUGAGACACAUAUCAAAGUCUCAAUGCCAUUUGUUAAAGUUGAAAAUACUUAUCUGCCUAUUGGUGCUCAAGCAACAGUGCCCAAUAUACUGGGAAGUCCAAAAUCAAAUAUCAGAAAUUUGGAUUUUAAACCUCUACAUCUACAUGACUCAAGUGUUAGAGAUCAAUGUAUGAUUGAGGCAGAGAAACAGUCAGAAGGGGGGAAAAACCAUCAACAAAUGUUGGGUCAAGGGGGGACAGAUUUAAAGCUAGCCAGAGACUCCGAUAUUCAGGGCCCUGAAAUAGACCAACUGUCAAAACAUUUAAGGAAUCCAGGACUAGAUAUGAAACAACAGAUAGAGCCAAGAGACACAGAAAUUCGAUUUCCAGGGUCUGAUAGGAGAGGAGCAGGUAUGCAAGGCAUGCAAGGCAUUGGCCCCAACAUUUGGGGCCCUGGGCCACACAUUAGAGACUCAGGGGUGAGGAGUCCAAUGCAAUCAUCAGACAGAUCGGGGCAUUACACAAGUGGUUCAGAGUCAAGAGACCAAAAACAAAGAGGCGAGAGUCCACAUACUAGGGGUAUGAGAUCUGCUAUGAUGGGUGGAGAUAUAAGAGAUCAGAGUCCAGAUAUAAGUGGUGCAGGUCCAUCUCUCAGGGAUGAAAGAAGUGUUCGAAGGCAAUCAAGACAUGAUGACAGUUCAGUUCGUGCGCAUGCAGAACAUAUGAAGGAGCCACAGACAGAUAUUAGGGCUGAAAGGAGUAUGCAUGGUCUGAACACGAGAGAAUCAGACACUAUGCAUGAGCCUAAAAGGCACAAUGUGACAGGAGGGUCUGGUCAAGAUAUUGAUAGUACGGUUGGCUCAGAUACAAGAGGUGAUAAAAGUGAGUCAAGUGCAAGGAGACCAUAUCAAUUUAGCCAAGGGGACAGAGGUCCCAUGCCCAAAAUUACAAAUCCAGACUGGAGAGGUUCAGCACCAGGUGUUGUUGGUCCUGAUAUGUUUGGUCAUAGAAGUCAAAAUAUAAGCCUGGCUCCAACAGAUUCGACUGGCCUAGAAUCAGACAGAAAUGAUUGGAGAGGGCCAGAUAGGGCAAAAUUAUGUUCAGUUACAGGAAUGCCAUUUAUGCAAAAUGAAUGGAUGGCUUACCACCCUGAUAAGAGAGGAGCCAACCUGGAGACACAGGGGCCUGACAGAGGACAAAAGGCUUCUGAUUUCAUGGCACCAGGACCUAAUAUGGAGGUUCAUAUGCCUGACAGGAGAGGGCCAGCAGGUCCAGAUUUCAGGAGACAAGAGUAUGAAAGGAGAGAUCCAACUAUGGACAAUCUAGGACCUGGCAUGAGAGGACCAGUGGUUGCCAGGAGGGGUCUGGCUUUGGAGCAUCCUGAAACUGACAGGAAGGAACCUGGUGGCCUACAUUUCAGAGGUCCAGGGCCUGAGAGAAGAGGCCCAGCUAUAGAAGAUCAAGGACCUGACAUGAGUGUGCCGGCAGAUGCAGAUUUCAGCGAACCAUGGCCCAAAAGAGGAGGGCCUGAUAUGGUUGGUCCAGGGCCUGACAGAAGAGGACCAGGAUGUCUGGAUUUCAGAGGUAUAACUAUGGAGGGCACUGGAACUCACAGGAGAGCACCUGAAGGAAGAGGCCCUGCUAUGGAGGGUCCUGGGACUGACAGGAGAGGGCUUGAAAGUCCAGAUUUUAGAGGACCAAGACCUGAAAGGAGAGGUCCUGCUAUGGAAGGUCCUGGGGCUGAUAGGAAAGGGCCUGAAGGUCCAGAUUUCAGAGGACCAGGACCUGAGAGGAGAGGUCCUGCUAUGGACGGCCCUGGUACUGAUGGGAGAGGACUUGAAGGUCCAGAUUUCAGAGGACCAAGACCUGAAAGGAGAGGUCCUGCUAUGGAAGGCCCUGGGAGUGACAGAAGAGGGCCUGAAGGUCCAGAUUUCAGAGGACCAAGACCUGAAAGGAGAGGUCCUGCUAUGGAAGGUCCUGGGACUGAUAGGAGAGGACCUGAAGGUCCAGAUUUCAGAGGACCAAGACCUGAAAGGAGAGGUCCUGCUAUGGACGGUCCUGGUCCUGAUAGAAGAGGACCUGAAGGUCCAGAUUUUAGAGGACCAAGACCUGAAAGGAGAGGUCUUGCUAUGGAAGGUCCUGGUCCUGAUAGAAGAGGACCUGAAGGUCCAGAUUUUAGAGGACCAAGACCUGAAAGGAGAGGUCUUGCUAUGGAAGGUCCUAGUCCUGAUAGAAGAGGGCCUGAAGGUCCAGAUUUUAGAGCACCAAGACCUGAAAGGAGAAGUCCUGCUAUGGAAGGUCCUGGGACUGAUAGGAGAGGGCCUGAAAGUCAAGAUUUUAGAGGACCAAGACCUGAAAGGAGAAGUCCUGCUAUGGACGGUCCUGGGACUGACAGGAGAGGACCUGAAGAUCCAGAUUUCAGAGGGCCAAGACCUGAAAGGAGAGGUCCUGCUAUGGAAGGUCUUGGGGCUGAUAGGAGAGGACCUGGGGGUCCAGAUUUUAGAGCACCAGGACAUGACAGGAGAGGUCCUGCUAUGGACGGUCCUGGGACUGACAGGAGAGGACCUGAAGAUCCAGAUUUCAGAGGGCCGAGACCUGAAAGGAGAGGUCCUGCUAUGGAAGGUCUUGGGGCUGAUAGGAGACGACCUGGAGGUCCAGAUUUUAGAGCACCAGGACAUGACAGGAGAGGUCCUGCUAUGGACGGUCCUGGGACUGACAGGAGAGGACCUGAAGAUCCAAAUUUCAGAGGACCAAGACCUGAAAGGAGAAGUCCUGCUAUGGAACGUCCUGGCACUGAUAGGAGACGACCUGAAGGUCCAGCUUUUAAAGGAACAGGACAUGAAAGGAGAGGUCCCGCUAUAGAUGGCCCUGGACCUGGCAGAGGAGGACCUGGAGGUCCAGAUUUCAGAGGGCCAGGAGCUGAGAACCGAAGUUUAUUAAUAGAGAGUCCUGGGCCUGACAGUAGAGGACCUGUGGGUUCAGAUUUCAGUGGACCGAGACCUGAAAGAAGAGGUACUCCUUUGGAGGAUCCUGGGAUUGAUUGGAGAGGACCUGCAGGUCCAGAUUUCAGAGGACCGGAGCCUGAAAUGAGAGAUCCUGCUAUGGGGGGUCUUGGAAUAAACAGGAGAGGACCUACAGGGCCUGAUAGGAGAGGUUAUUCUAUGGCCGGUCAGGGGCCUGACAGGAUAGGAAUUGAAAGUCCACAUUUAAGAGGACUAGGACCUGAAAGGAGCUGUCCUACUAUCGAAGGCCCUGGGACUGACGGGAGAGGACCCGAAGGUCCAGAUUUCAGACCACCAGGACAUGAAAGGAGACGUCCUGCUAUGGAGGGUCCUGUCAAAAGAGGACCAGGACAUCCAGAUUUCCAAGGACAAGAGCCUGAAAGGAGAGUACCAGCAGGUCCAGACAGAGGGCCUGGCUGUGAAUGGAGAGGUCACUCUGUGGAGGGACCUAACAGGAGAGGAGGACCAGGACAUCAAAAUGCUAGUGGACUUGGUCCUGAUAAGCCAGGCCCAUAUAUGGGGCCUUCUGGGCCUGACUCCAUAGGAAUGGGACAAGACAGACCACCUGGUACUCAAAGUCAGGGAAUGGGAGGACCACACUUCAGGGGUCCAGGGUCUGACAGAGAGUAUCCAAAUAUGGAGGGCCCAGGGCCUGAUAUGAGAAUGGCAGGUGGUCCAAACAUGAGGGGGCCAGGACUUCAAUAUUCAGGUUCAAACAUACAGGAUCCAGGGCCUGACAGAGGAAAUUUCAUGGGUCCUGGGCCAGAGAGAAGGCCUCCAGAUAUGAAGGAAACAGAAAACAGCAUGAACUUUCCAGGACCCCCACAGUUCAUGGGCCCUGAACUAAAAAGAUACCCUCCAGAUAUGGAUGGCCCAGAGUUUGGUAGGAGAGGUCCACCCUUCAGAAGUGUGAGGCCUGAAAGAGCUGUUACGGAGGGACAUGAUACUGGUCCAAGAGGUCCAGAUUUUAGAGCACCAGGUUGUGAAUUCAGAGGUCCAGACAUUGAGAGCCCAGGCCCUGGUAGGAGAGAAUCAGGAGGCACAGGCUCCAGGGAACCUGGACCUGAAAGGAGACGAUCAGUUGGUCCAGACAUAGGAGGCCCAUGCAUAAAACAGAGAGGUCCUAAUACAGAAGGUCUAAGGCAUGAUAGAAGAAAUGACUGGGGAAUGGCUGAUUUUGAGGACUCAGAUGCUAACCGAGAAAUCCCAGGUAUAGAGGGUCCAGGAUCUGAUAGAAUAUCUGAUAGAAAUAUGAGGGCUCCAAGGCCUAUGAGGAGAAAUGUUAGAAGACCAGGGCCAGAUUCUAGCCUAAUUCGGGGAGAGAGAUGGAGGGGCGCAAACAUACAAGAACAAUGGUCAGAUAUGAGAGGGCCAAAUAUGGAGGCUGUCGACAAUGAGCAGGAAUAUUCAGGAGAUAAUUUGGAAAGACGUGGCAACAGGGGCCCAAGACCUAUCCAGGAAGGUCCAGAUGAGAAGGGCCAAGAAAGUGGGCCAGGUCUUCAAAGUGAAUGGAGAGGUGCUGGAGAGAGGGGGCAAACACCAGUACAGGAAAGACCAGAUUUUAGUUUUCCAGGGCCUGUUAUGGGUCCACAAGAUGAUUGGAAUGCUCCAGGUUGCGGGGGUCCAGGGCCUUUCCAAGAUAAUCCAGACAUGAUGUACCAAGGUCCAAGGGGAGAACCUGGAAAUGAACAUAGAGAGCCUGAUAGACAAGGUGCUGGGUCAAACAGAGGUGGACUAGGGACAUUUUUUAGAGGGGAAAGAGAUCCAGAUAAUAGAACAAAAGGCCUUGAUAGAAGAGGUUCAGGCUUUGUGGGACCAGGGACAGAUAUGAAAGGGGGUCCAGAUAUGGCAAAUGACUGGAGGCAGCCAGACUUCAGGGGGGAUAUGAGAGGGCCAAACAUGGAAGAACCUGGUGCACAUAGGAGAGGCCCAAGGGGAUUUGAAGGCUUCAAUAGAAUAGAUUCCGAAGGUUCAAAUUUAAGACGACCAGAACCUGUAAACAGAAGUUCGGACAUUGAGGGUCCAGGGGCUGAUGGAAUGUUUUCAGAUUGUGGGGGGCGAGGAUCUGAUAGGCGAGAGGCAGACAUGGAAAGCCAUGGACCAAGUAGACGAAGAUUUGAGCACGAGUUUAGAAGGGAGAAGAGAGGUCCACACAUGAGACGGCUAGGGCCUGAUGAAAGUUCAGAUGCAAGACAUGGGCCUGGUAGGUGGGAUCCAAACUCUGAGGUUCCUGGGUCUGAUAGAAGAGGUCCAGACAUGAUGGGCCCAGGUUUAGACUCCAGGGGAUCUGAGCCAGCCAUGAAGAAUGACAUGCAAGCUAUAAGACAUUCAGAUGAAACUGCAUCACGUCAUUUCAAUAGUCCACAUCACAUGACCAGAUCCCAAGGUCCUAGUAAUCCACGCUCUGCAGUGUUCAAUGGGCCCCCGGGUUUUCCUUCAAACAGUGGAAAACCACAGAGACCUAGAGCUGCCUUACUUCCCACUCCAACGGAGGGUCUUAUGCGCUUCCCAAAUGUGAUCAACCAUUCUGAUGUCUUCACCCCGAAACCAAAACAAAUGCAUUUCUCUGCAGACAGGGAGUGGAGUAGAGAUAGAGCAGUGGGUCAAAAACAGGAGAAAAGUCCUGCUAGCACAUUGGCAGAUGCAAACACAGGGUUGGGAAAAGAAAAAAGGCCGGAGAGCAGUGAAACUGAUAAACAAGGGGUUAGUGGAGCAUCCAAUGAAACCAAAAUCAAUCGAAGUAUAAAUAGUGAUGGAAAUAAAACAAAUGUCAAGCCAAGUUAGAGAUGGGCAAAAAUCUAAAUGCUUGGGCCCCCUCAGUACAGGGGGUGGAUAGAGAUACUACAACAUAACCACACUGAAUGUAUCAACGGUCAAAGCCAUGCAAGAUCACACAUUGUUGCUUGAUAUGGAAAUGCUUAGGGUAUUUGAGUUCACGUUGUUGUAGUUUUGUGUUAAAUUAAUCAUUUAUUUUUGUUAUUUGAUGACAUGUCUCUUAAACCUAACCAGCUGUGAAUUUCCUUUUGAAAAUACAGAAUUGUUUUGUACAGAAAAUGUACAGUUUUUGUUUUUUUAGUUUUUUUUUAACAUAGCCAUAGUGUCGGUACAGUAACCUUGAUCUGGCUUUUAUGUUCCUCUGCUGAUACCACGUAGCUUGUUUCAAGUCAAUAAAGUUACGUAUACCUUUUUUAAAA